AUGAUGUGUUUGGGAGAAUCACGCGACAAGGAGCCUGUGGCACCAUGCUUGGGUGUACCAGGGGCGCCCCUCGUCCUGCGAGGGAAUCUUUUGGGUAUUCUGUCUUGGGGCUUGGGUUGUGGAUAUGCGCAUGAUCUUCCCCUUAUUUACACGGACAUCAAGUAUUAUAGCCCAUGGUUAGUAGAAAACGUAUCGUUGUUAAGAAACAUUACGCAGAGAAGUAUUAGAGAAAUAUUUCUAGCCACGAAGGCUGUAAAGCUAUCAGAUUGGCUCUCAAAAACCAGACUGAACAAACCCUUGUCGAGGCCCGAUUUGUGGAUUAACGAUCUGCAAUCACUUGAAAUCGACAACGACCUAUCUAGACUAGAAGGGACAGUAUACGACAUUCGUGAUUUCUUAAACCGCGGUAUUCACCAUUCCGAGAAGAAUAACAUCUAUAAGGACAUACAAGAGAAACACAACAUAAGUGAACAACACCACAAUAUUAGUUACGUUAUAAAAACUGAACCAUUUCUCAGUAACAACUCCGUUUACAAUUUAAACACCGAUAAUGAUGGAGAAUCAGAUAAUGACGAUUAA